AUGGUCGCUAUUAAGCCGUCCAAGAAGCAACGUGGUAAGUUGAAGGCGACUAAAACCAAGAAGGAAGCAAGUAAAACGCAUGUCAAGUUUAAUGACAAUGGCGAGAAUGUUUUGCCCAAGAAACGUGCGCGUGUGGUCAAGAAGAAAGAUCAAGAGGAAAUGAGCAAAAGCGGCGGGAAGUCUGACCGCUCACCGGAUGCAAUCCAACAGGCCAAGUACUAUCUAGAGCAGUGGCAGAAGCGUGGAGAGAUCAAGGCAGAUGAUGAGCUUUUGUGGAAGUUUAAGACAAUCCAGCAGCAAUGGAUCCUUCGGUGGAUGUACGAAGCUGAUGUUGUACCCAAGCCCAUGUUCGCUAUUGUGCUAGAAUACCUAGACGGUAUCCAAGGCGCGGCACGCAAGCGUGUGGCGGAUUCUGCACAAGAAAUUAUUGACUUGGGUGUUCCGGCAAAAGAAGAUGAAGAAGCAGCGUCGGAAGAGAAGGAAAAGAUGCUGAAUGUGAAGCUUGCUCGAAGACGUUACAAACGUGCACUGCAAGUGGCUGAGCUGCUGGCUUAA